AACCACCACCAAAUCAUAUCCUUACUGCAAACAAAGCUACAAAAAAAAAAAAAAAAAAAAAAAAAAAAACAAAGCCAAAUCGCACUAGUUCAUUCUUUUUCCACCCCGAUCGACAUCCAUCUUGAUAAUGUAUACACACCAGCAGCAGUACCACCACCACCACGAGUCAUGGAGGCAGUCGGCGUACUACGGCGGAGGAGGAGGGGGAGGGCGGAGGUACCACGUGGCGGCCGCGGAGCCGGUGGAGAGGCUGGUGGCGAGGCUGGCGGCGGAGAGUGCGGUGGUGGUAUUUAGCGUCUCCAGCUGCUGCAUGUGCCACGCUGUCAAGCGGCUGCUCUGCGGGCUGGGAGUGGGGCCCACGGUCAUCGAGCUGGACCACGACCCACGUGGCAAGGAGAUGGAGCGCGCCUUGCUCCGCCUCCAGCUCAACAACAACAACAUCUCCAGCUCCUCGUCCGGCGCCGUCCCCGUGGUCUUCAUCGGCGGGAAGCUGGUCGGAGCGAUGGACCGGGUUAUGGCUUCACACAUUAACGGCACCCUCGUCCCGCUUCUCAAGGAAGCCGGCGCUCUCUGGCUCUAGCUAGUACUUGAUUGAUGUCAUAAUAUAUAUAUAUAUAUAUAUAAUGUUGCUAUGUCCUUGUAUUAUUAUUAUUUUGUACUUGUUAUUGAGGAUGUCAUGUUAUAUAUAAGAGUUUAUGUUCUCUCGAAGUCUAAUACCUCAUUUCAUGAUAAGAAAAUCAGAGAGAGUAAUGUACUAAAAUGGAAAACACUACAAAAAUUCACUAGGGAUAACUUUUACAUAGAAACUCAACACAUGAGACAAAUGUUCCUCUCCGAUCGAUACCUAUUUGGUUCGAUGAAUGUCAAGCUAAAUAACUGGCACAUUUGCGU